AUGAUGAUGGAAGGGGAUUGUUCAAGCAAGAAGAGAGCAUGGCCUAAAGAUGACUUCACUGACAUGGUUUUGAAAUGGUCCCUUCAUGACAUUUUUAAUGAGAAUCGAUACAAAGAUCAGGUAGAGUGGAUACCUGAAUUAUUUGAAUCAGUAGGGAAUUACCUUGGCUCUUACAUCUACCCUUUAUUGGAAGAAACACGAGCACAGCUCGCUUCUGCUAUGGAAUUUAUACAUCAGGCACCAUUUGCUGAAGUGCAAAUUCUCGAGGAAGCAAAAUCUUGUGGAAAAUUUCUAUACGAAGUUAAAGUUGAUCAAUGGAGAAACAAAUUUGUUAACCAUGGUAAAGAGCUUUACAAAGUAUUGCCGGGUGAUAUUCUUGUUAUUUCAGAUUCAAUACCUGCAACCAGUUCUGACCUCCAAAGGAUGAACUGGUCAUGGACAUUGGCAUCGGUAACUGACAUUAAAGGUGAAGGCAUUGAUGAGAGCACUUCAUCAACUAAGUUUAAGGUCAAGACAGCAGAAGACAUGCCAUUCAAGGCGGAGAAGCAGGACUGGCUUUAUGUGGUUUACUUGACAAAUACUAUGACAAAUAAAAGAAUAUGGAAGGCAUUGCAUUGGUUCAAAAAUUUGACGCUUAUUGAGAAGGUUCUUUGCUCUAAUGCUAUGGUUGAAGAACAGUGUGAUUCUUGUUCAGUAAAUCACACUGGACAAUUGUCUGAAAGUUUUGGAUCAGAUUUAUACACUCAGAUGAAUGAAUCCCAAACUAAAGCCAUAAGGGCGUCUCUCAAUAAGAUGACAUGUGACCAGAAUUCUCACAUUGAACUCAUUUGGGGUCCGCCGGGGACAGGGAAAACCAAAACAGUAAGUCAGAUGCUCUUUAGCCUAUUAAGAAUGAAUUACAGGACUCUUUGUUGUGCCCCAACCAAUGUGGCAGUAAAAGAAGUUGCAUCUCGAGUGGUAAAACUGGUAAAAGAGGCAUAUGCUGCUGAAUCUGAAAAAAGUGAUCCGUUUACUCCAUUGGGAGAUAUUAUAUUAUUUGGAAAUAAGGAUCGACUAAAAGUUGCCCCUGAUAUUGAAGAUAUAUAUCUUGACUACCGCGUGAAGAGGCUUGUUGAGUGCUUUGCACCAUCAAAUGGUUUGAAACAUUGUGUGCAUUCUAUGAUUGAUUUGCUUGAGCACGGUGCCUCACACUACCAUAUCUUUCUGGAAAAUGAGCUGAUCAAAACCAAGGAAAACAAAGAUGAAGCUCCAAAAGAUAAGCCAAAGUCAUUUCUAGAAUUCAUCAGAGCACGAGUAAAAGCAAUUUUACCAUCCCUCAGAAGAUGUCUGAUUACAUUCUGCACUCAUGUAGCAAGAAGUUUUGUUGCAAAACAAAAUUUUGAAAAGAUGGUACAUCUGAUUUAUCUGCUUGAGUCUUUGGAGAAGGAGCUGUUUGAAAAGUUUUUGACCUCUGAUAUACUGGAGAAGCUCUAUUCUUCUAGCAUAAUGGUGGAAGAUUUUUCCAAAGCAGUCACAUGUACCUGGUUGCUGCCAGAUAUUAGAAGCAAGUGUCUCUUUGUCCUAAAAACCGUUCAUUCAACUCUUGAAAAUCUGGGCAUCCCAGCCACUGUGAAUGAAGAAUCAAUAAGGGAACUCUGUUUCCAAAUGGCUACCUUGGUUUUCUGCACUGCUUCUACUUCCUACAAGUUGCACAGGACAAAUGUGGAGCCACUUAAAGUGCUGGUCAUUGAUGAGGCUGCCCAAUUGAAAGAGUGUGAAUCCCUUAUACCACUUCAACUACCUGGUUUGAAGCAUGCUAUUCUUGUUGGUGAUGAGUGCCAGUUUCCAGCAAGCGUUAAUAGCAAGAUAUCUGCCAAUGCCGCAUUUGGAAGAAGCUUAUUUGAAAGGUUGAGUUCAUUGGGUCAGCCAAAGCAUCUGCUUAACAUUCAAUAUAGAAUGCAUCCAUCUAUCAGUUGCUUCCCAAAUUCUAUCUUCUAUACGGACAAGAUCAUGGAUGCACCUGAAGUUAGGAGUAAAAAGCACGAAAGGUGUUUUCUUCGGGAGAAAAUGUUUGGUCCCUAUUCAUUCAUUAAUGUCCCAGGUGGAAAUGAAGAUGGCGAUGGUGAUGAUUACAGCUUGAGAAAUAUUGUUGAGGCGGCUGUGGUGGUAAAGAUAGUUCAGAAGCUGUACAAAGCUUGGAAUGGAUCUGAUACAUCUCUAAGCGUUGGGGUAAUAUCACCCUAUGCUGCUCAAGUUGCACUGGUUCAAGAAAAACUUCGUCAUAAGUUUGAAAAUCUUGACAAUUUUGUUGUGACAGUAAAAUCUAUAGAUGGAUAUCAGGGUGGGGAACAAGAUAUUGUUUUAUUAUCUACUAAAUUGAAUUUCUUGUCCCUUGCUAGGCACUGUCUUUGGAUCUUUGGAAAUGCGGAUACACUAACAAAUACUCGAUCAGUUUGGGAAGCAUUAAUUUGUGAUGCUAAGGCUCGUGGUUGUUUCUUUAGUGCUGAUGAGGACACUGAUGUAUCAAACACGAUUUUGGAUGUGAAGAAAGAGCUGGAUCAGAUGGAGGAUUUGCUUAAUGGGGAUAGCACACUUUUCAAACAGCAACGGUGGACGGUUUUAUUUAGUGACGACUUUCGGAAAUCAUUUAGAAAUAUGACUUCCACCCGCAUGAAGAAGUUAGUCCUAAACCUGUUGCUUUGUCUUGCCAGUGGCUGGCGACCUAAGAAAAUAAAUGUGGACUUAGUUUGUGAAAGAUCUUCACAGAUUGUGAAACAUUUUAAGGUUGAGGGGCUCUAUGUGGUGUGCUCAAUAGACAUUGUUAAGAAAUCAAAUUACAUGCAAGUCUUGAAGGUGUGGGAUAUAUUACCUCUGGUGGAGAUCCCAAAGCUGCUGAAACGUCUUGAUAACAUUUUCAACAUGUAUACUGAUGAUUUCAUCAAUCAAUGCGAACAGAAAUGUCUUAAAGGGAGAGCAGAACUUCCCGAGUGUUGGCCCAACUCAUCAAAGAUAAUCCGACAUAAGAACAUGAAUAAUGGCAAAUCUGCUGCAGAUUCUACUGAUAGCACAUUGGAUGGAGGAUGUUAUGCUGAAAAUUCGAGAGUUAGCGAAAGCUUGCAACUCAUGAAGUUUUACUCCCUGUCACCUGGUGCUGUGAGUCAUUUACUUUUCAGUCGUGAUGGUCAGGAAUUGGAUCUGCCUUUUGAAGUUACAGAUGAAGAGUGGGAAAUUAUUCAAUUCUGCAAAAGCAGCUUCAUCCUUGGGCGAUCUGGCACAGGGAAAACUACUGUCCUGUCCAUGAAGUUAUUCGAGAAAGAACAAAUCUACCAUAUUGCUUCGGAAGGAUUUACUACAGCUGAGAACAGUAUGUCUACGAGCGUCUUGAAGAGAACUGAGUUUGAUCACUCUACAGAAGUGACCAGGAAGACAUUUUUGCGCCAGCUUUUUGUGACAGUAAGCCCAAGACUAUGUUCUGCAGUCAAACAUUAUGUUUCCCGUCUGAUAAGUUUUGCUUGCAGUGGAAAUUUCCCAUCUGACACCAGUUUGAAUGAUGCCGAAGAUGUGGAAGAUAUAGAACAGUUUAAAGAUAUACCAGAUUCUUUUGUUGGCAUUCCUUCCGAAAAGUACCCUCUUGUCAUUACAUUUCAUAAGUUUUUGAUGAUGCUUGAUGGGACAAUUGGUGAUUCGUAUUUCAGACGAUUUCCUGAGAUGAAGAAGAUAAUGAACUUUUCUGUUGGUAGAAGUGGAAAUUUCAGAUCUGCUGUUCUGCAAUCUCUCUUACGAAUGAAGGAGGUAAAUUAUGAGAGGUUUUGUUUCCAUUAUUGGCCUCACUUCAAUUCACAACUGACGAAGAAGCUUGAUUCUUCAAGAACAUUUACGGAGAUAAUAUCUCACAUUAAAGGAGGCUUGCUAGCUGGGGAAGCCCCUGAUGGUAAAUUGAGCAGGCAAGAAUAUGUUUCCAUGUCUAAUAGUAGGGCAUCAACCCUGAGCUCAGAUGAGAGAGAGCUGAUCUAUACUGUUUUUCAAGCUUACGAGAAGAAGAAAUUACAGCGUGGGGAAUUUGAUCUGUCUGAUUUUGUUAUUGACCUUCAUCUUAGGCUGAAGAGCAAGGGUCUGGAGGGUGAUAAAAUGGAUUUUGUGUACAUUGACGAAGUGCAAGAUCUUGCUAUGAGUCAGAUAGCUCUGUUCAAGUAUAUCUGCAAAAAUGUGGAUGAAGGUUUUGUCUUUUCUGGUGAUACAGCUCAAACUAUUGCCAGGGAGUGA